UUUGUCCACAAAUCUGCUGUCACCAGCCUGCUGAUCUGUGUGUCUCCCGCUGCUGCUUGACCCGUGAUUACGUCAUCACGCAACUUUCCUAGAGCUGUCUAGAUUGUCCUCGGUGGUACAGCAGCAGUCAUGGGCACGGGGGCGAGCAAGGUCGCGUUCAGGGAUGUUCUUGCGCAGCUGAAGAACGAGGAUAUCGCCACGAACGACGCCGCAUUCUGGUCCAACCUGUGGAAGACGGAGACGAAUCCCCAUGAUGUUUUCGAAGUGAUCUCCCCCACUGCCGUGAGAAAGCUGAAGGUCGCGCGUCCGGGAAACGUCGAGGCCCUCCUGAGGAUGGCUGUCUUGCACCUGGAGAAGGUGCUGGACGACCCCGAUCCCUUCGUGCUCAAGAGCGCGAUGACCGCUGUGAGCGUGCUGACCAGGGUGUUACCCUUCAUUCUGGAGGAGUACACCGACCCGGAAACGGGUGAGGUCGAUCCUGCUCUGCAUUCGAUGUUCUGGUCGACGGAAGAGGAGCCGCCGUCGACCACGGCGACGGCGACUGGGGAUGGGGCGGGGGCGGGGGCGGGAGAACAGCAGCAGCAGCCAGAUGCACGGGUUGCGCUUGGGUCGGCGAUGGUGUCGGCCACCAUGCGGCUGCUGUUCACGCGGCAGCUCACGGUGGACGUGUACUCUUCGUGCGAAUCAGUCGACGCAGAUGCGGAUAACCCCCUCGAGAUCCAUGAUCCGAGGGCGUUGUGGUCGGGGGGUUUGGACGUGGGUAGGAAAGCGAGGAUCCAGCGAAGCCGAGAGCUGGAGGCUAAUCGAAUCGAGGUGAUGCGGCUGCUGCUGGUGCUUAUGUGCGAGCCUCUGUUCCAGCGGAACGUGGGCUUCGAUCCGACCGCCUCCAGGUUUGCGGAAGAGGUCUGCAAGGCCGACGCCCCGUUCGCCGCGGAGCUUUUCUUCUCCCUCUUGAGCGUCAUCGCCACGUACGAUCCAGUGGGCUGGGGGGUCCCGUACGCGGGGUCGUUCACCACCGAUCUCCCCGCCCGUCAGCUGGAGAUGUCGGCACAGACGGCGGUGAGGGAAGACCCCCCCGCCCCCGGCGACGUGGGCUACAACGUCUUCCGCAACCUGGUGCUGCACGGCCUCAAGGACGAGGAGGACUUCGAGCUCGUCUACACCGGUCUGUCGCGGCUGCUCAACACCCUGCACCGCUCGCGGAACACCUACAUGCCCGGGGCGGCCACGGAGGUUUACUGCUACCAGGAGGUGCUGGUGCUGCUGUGGAAGCUGCUGGAGGAGAAUCCGGUGUUCAUGCAGUACGUUCUCAAGAACUGCGACAUCAAUGAGAUCUUGGUGCCUGUGUGCUACCUCCUGGUAGAGAACCGUAAGGACGUCUCUAAGGGGGGUCUGAUCCACAUCUGCACCUUCGUGUUGCUCAAGCUGUCCGGGGAGAGGGCCUUCGGCGUGGCCAUCAACAAGGCCUGCAGCGUGCGGCUGCCGACGGACCUGCCCCUUUUCUCCGGCUCGCACCUGGACCUCCUGAUCCUGACCGUUCACAAGCUCCUGGUUGCCGGGUCGGAAAGGCUGAGCACCCUCUACCACUGCUUCCUGACGGUGCUCUGCAACGUCUCUCCGUAUGCCAAGGGUCUGAGCCUGAUCGCGUCCGUGAAGCUGCUCAGCCUCUUCGAGCUCUUCACUAGUCCCGGGUUAGUUUAUCCACAAGCGCCUUGA